UAAAUCUCACUCCGAUGCCAAACUUUUAUCUCAAAGUGAUACGUGCCAUCAAUUGGAAGAAUCCUCGAAAACUUCUACAAGUUCCACCUCACAGGUUUCAGAUGUCACUCAUGAAUCUGCAUUCCCGACCAUGUCACCUACACAAUCUCCUUCUAUACAGGUGAUGGAAAGGCAGGCAGUUUUUGAUCCCAAUAGAAUUCCCUCUUCCGUUGUUGGGAGUAAGGAUUCGUCCUCUAAGGAAUGGAGCACUGCUUCUAACGAAUCAUUGUUCAGUAUCCACACUGCUGGAAAUGGUAGUCCUGCAAGGGAUGAUAUUGUAAUGACUGAUGGAGAUUUUAAACGGUCAAAGAAACGAGACAACUCAUGUGCAGCAUUAGAUAAAUAUGAAGAAAUUAACAAGUCUGGCAAGCCAACUAGGUUUAGGCAGCCCUUGCCAGCUGCAAAAGGAAGAGAAUGUAAGGAAAAGAUCCAUGAGAAAGGAAGGAAUGUAAAUGCUGUAAACAACCUGUUAGCAGCAGGUUCAGAUGAACCAACAAAGAGAGUAGUCCGUUUUAGAGAGGAAAUAAAAGUAGGAGACAUCAGAAAUCAUUCUGCUGCCGUUGGCCUCUCUGAUGGAAAUAAAGGCUUUAGGGACUCCUGCACUGCCGUUCGCCAUUCUGAUGGGAAUGGCAUGUCUUCUGUCUUUCCAAUAAAAAAGAAGUCUUCUUGGUGGUCAUGCUGUUGUUCUUGUAGCGGUUCUUGCUGCUCAAGUUGGCCAAGCUGCUCGUUGAAGUGCUCAGGUUGCUCUUGUAAGUGGUUAAACUGCUCAGGUUGCUCUUGUAAGUGGCUAAGCUGCUCAGGUUUCUCCUUUAAGUGGCUAAGCUGCUCGAGUUUCUCUUGUAAGUGGCUAAGUUGCUCAGGUUGCUCUUGUAAGUGGCUAAGCUGCUCAGGUUGCUCUUGUAAGUGGCCAAGCUGCUCAGGUUUCUCUUGUAAGUGGCUAAGCUGCUCAGGUUGUUCUUGUAAGUGGCCAAGCUGCUCAGGUUGCUCUUGUAAGUGGCCAAGCUGCGCAGGUUGCUCUUGUAAGUGGCCAAGCAUGCCUGUCGGCUGCUGCAAAUGGCCAUGCAGCCAUGGUGGUUGCUGCAAAUGGCCGAGCUGCCAAUGCAAGUGUUUUACCUCGCUACGCUGCUGCUCCUAGUGUCCAACUUCUCGUUGCAACUGCAAGUGCCUGACAUGGCAAAGCUCUGUGCGCAACUUUUCUGCAUUGUAGCCGGGCAUUCUGCUUGAUGGGACUAUAAAUUAUUUGAUCUUGCCAGUUUGAGGGAAGAGGAACUGUAUGUGAAAAAGGAUAGCCUGAGCACCAGCAUACCCAUUGAGCUCUGCCUGCCUUUGUUCUUGUGGUUGAUGCCCUUCUUGUAAUUCUUGCCAUCCCUACUCUAGCUGUUUCCUAGGACGUGAAGGCCUAAUUCCAUUUCGGCCCUCCUCCUACUUCUGCCUCGUUCAUUGAAAAUGCUUGCCACCUACAUGCAUAGGUUCCGUAGAAUCAAGAGAAUUUAGAAGUUUUAAGAUGCAUAAUGUUAUCAGCAGCAACAAGCUUGGCAAAAUGUGGAGAUUGAUAGUAGCUAAUUUAUUCAAGCAUUGAACAAUGUCUAAUAUCUUGAACUCUUUUAGUGUAUAUAAGUAGGCAGUGGGGCUUAGAUAUAUUUGUUGCCUCACACUACUUAGUCCAUUAUUGUGCAACCAUUUCUUUCCUUUUUCAAGCUGGGAGUAGAAAAGGUGGGAAGAGAGAAUAUGAUGGAGGUAGUGUCGGUGGCGUAGCCACAUACAGUGAAGGCGGUCCAGUGAACACCUUUCAUUGGAGAAUUAUAUUGUGUAUAUAAAAAAUUAUA